AUGUCCGUUUUACAAAAUCCUCUCCCGCCUUCUAUUUACAAACAUCCCCCCUAUAUACAACUCGCACUUCUGACAAAACCUAUUCUCCUCGUCUUUGCCAACCUUGCUAUCGUCUACUACCAUAGCCACGGCUCGGAUUCCAAGGAGUCUGCCGAGGCCGAGAUCGCCCUUUGGUUUUCAAAGGCCGAGCUCAACGAGUGGAGCAAGACCGACCUCGAAGCCUGGGUCUACGAAUGAUCCAAAUGCCACUGUUAAUGUUAGGGACUUCUUUUUUGCCACCUUCAUGUUUUUCCCACCUGCAUCAUGAAAACACCGCCCCUUUCGUCCUUUCACUAAUUCCAAAAGAAAGAAAAAGCACAUUCCUUGUGCCUACCACCCGUCAGAA